AUGCGCGCAACUGCUCGUCCCCAGUCACUCGGGCAGUCCGUCCUCGCCUUCCUCCUCGUAAUCCUGACCCUCACGUCCAUCUCGACAUCUGCUCGUCCAGCGGCAUCCAGAGAGGCAUCACCCAGGCAGGAGGUUGCUACUCUGAACCCAGUUGACACUCCGCCAGCCGCUACCCAGGAACCCGUUGAAGAUGCCCCAGCGCCCCAGCGAGCUACCGCACGUCCUCAACCGGUCGCGACGCAGGAACCAGUUGACGAUACCCCAGCUCCCCAGCGAGCUACCGCACGUCCUCAACCGGUCGCGACGCAGGAACCCUUCGUUGUCGUGGUUCAGGCCUCGACACAGAAACCAGCCCCGGUUGCGACACGCACUAACCGGCCUCAUCCCAUCUCGACGCACAACACCUUCGCUGCUCAUGCGUUACCAUCAGUUGUGAUCUCGCACACCGUCUCGAGGAUCCCGUCGUCAACCCAUAAGCCCGUCACGACGUCCUCCAUCACCACCACCUCAACUGGAACGCACGCAUCCACUUCGCACGCAUCCACCUCUCACGCCCACUCAUCCUCCACCCGCAGACACUCCACCGCCGCACCCCACAAAACCACCCGCGGGCACACAUCGCCCACCCACAAGCCGAUCGCGCCUAUCCCUCCUCCCCGCAACCCCUCCACUGGCACCGGUAGUUCAAGCCCCACCUUCAGCAAAAUCGUCGUGAUAGGCGACUCGGCCUCCGAUACCGGCAAUCUGUUCAAAGCCGUCGGCGUACCGGUUGCACCGUACUACGAGGGUCGGCUUUCUAACGGGAAGGUGUGGGCCGAGUUUUUGGCGGAGAAGGUUAACGCAGAGCUUGUGGAUUUGGCUUUUGCUGGGGCGGCAAUCGACAGAAAACUCCUCCCUUCAAGCAACCCCAACCAUUACAUUCCUCUCCCCCCGGACUUCCACGAGCAAGUCACCAACUUCCUCAACUUUACCUAUAACGACCACACGCACCAUCAUCAUCACCACAUCACCGCAAACUCCACCACAGCUCAGAAAGAGGCCGCCGAGGCCGAAGAAGCGAAGGAAGCCGCCGACCCCGCCGCACAGUACACGCUCAAAUACGGGUUCCCCAACGCCUCAACGACGCUGUACGUCGUGUAUGGUGGCGGGAACGAUUACAUUGGCGCGUUGACGGCGGCGAUCGCGAGCCCGGUUGAUCCUCAGAGCGGGUCAAAGGGCAAUCCAUUGAAUAAUCAGAUCAAUCCCAAGGAAAUCGUGCAGUCGUUGGUAGACGUCGUAACCAAGAUUCGCAGCGCGCCCGAACUCGCCGCCCAGCACAUCCUUGUCGGCACCUUACCCGAUCUCGCUCAGACGCCCCUGAUGAAAGGCAUCGCCGAACUCUCGAAAAAUGUAGUCCCGCGCAAGCAGUUCCUCGCAACCGUUUCGAAGUACAUCACCGAACACAACAAACUCCUUACCGCCGCGGUCAAAGACCUCACCUCCACCCACCCCAACCCCGGGACGCCCUUCCGUAUCGACAUCGUCGACGUCGCGGCCCUCACAAAAGCUGAAUUUACUGGCUCCGCCGCCAAAUCGCACGGAUUCACCAACAUCAACACGCCGUGCCUGUCGCUGAACCGCCCGAGCAACGUGAGCUUGACGCCGUGGUUAAACACGGAUAAAAGCGCGUUCAAGGUUUGCAGGGAUCCGGACACGCAUGCGUUCUGGGACACGAUUCACCGGCCAACCAGGGUGCACAAGCGGUAUGCUGAUGCGGCUUGGGACGUUUUAAGCAAGACGAACGAUGUGUGA